AUGCUGGCGGGAGGCAUCCCGGUUCUUAUCAAUCCGAUGUACAAACCGGAAGAACUGAUGCAUAUACUUGAGAUAUCGAGGCCUCGUGCCAUAUUGGCUUCAAAAGAAUCAUAUAAGAAUGCCUGCGAUGUGGCGAAAACAUGUUCAAAGCACUCCGAAUCACUCCUAGACAUAUGGGUUAUGGACGAGCAUCAUGAGCGCAGCUACAUUGAGCGUCUCGUUAAGCGGGGCGCACUGCUUCGUGAGUCGGGAGAUCGAUCUAUCGAACAUAUUCAUAUUGAACCUACGAAAGAUGAAGCUGUCUAUUGUCUCAGUUCAGGUACGUCGGGGCUUCCGAAAGCCGUGCGACUUUCACAUUACAACCUAAUCACCAACACGAUCCAGAUGACUGUCACUUUAGGCGGUCGAGUCAACAAGCCUGUGUAUGAUGCAGCCAACUGGUACGAUCAACCAAAUGCCCCCCUUCAAAAUGGGAUGAAUGAAGUUCAUUAUUCGUUGCUGCCCCAAUUCCAUUGCUAUGGCCUAAUCACCGCUAUGAUCUGUUUACAUACGCUUACCCCAAAUAUCGUUGAAUCAAAAUUCAAACCCGAAGAGUUUUUCCGUGCUGUUCAAGAAUACAAGGUGACGUUUUCCUUUGUGGUUCCUCCUAUAAUGAUUGCUCUUGUGAAAUCUUCGCUGGCCGACAAAUACGAUAUUUCGACGAUAAAGUCUUUUGCAUCAGGCGCUGCUUCAUUGUCCAAGGAGCUCUGCGAUAUGGUGAAACAAAUGCACGACAUUGGUGCUAUCGUGGUUGAUCUCAACACCAGAAAAGAGGUGGGUCCAAAUCAGAUUGGCGAGCUGUGGGUUCGUGGUCCCCAGAUGAUGAUGGGCUAUCUUCACAAUGAAAAGGCAAACCAAGAGGCCUUUGUCGAUGUAUUGAAAGAUCAGAAACCUUUUUUGCGAACUGGAGAUGUUGUUUCGAUUGACGAAAAAGGUUACAUAACCAUUCGUGAUCGCCUUAAGGAUAUUAUCAAAUACAAUGGCUACCAAGUGGCUGCGUCCGAGAUUGAGCAGCUAGUCUACUCACUGCCGUUUGUCCUGGACUGUGCUGUGGUUGCAAAGGUAGUCAAAGAAGAUGCGGCAAAGAAUGAGCUUCCUUGGGCUUUUAUUGUCGCUAAGGAAGGAAAUGAUGCAAACGACAAACUCACUGAAAAGGUGCUGCAGCAUGUAAACGAACGUGUCGCUGGGUUUAAAAAGCUUCGUGGCGUGACGUGGGUCGACGACCUCCCACGCAGUGCUGCAGGUAAGAUCCUAAAGCGCGAUCUACGUGCCCGUUUGAACGAAGAAUAA